AUGGCACUCAUGAUGGUCCGCGCUCGUCAACGUGAAGCGAAUGAGAUCUCGGCCUUGGGCCGCGUGGUGCUGCGGUCGUGUGGGGGGGCGCUGGCGGGCGCGGUGCGCGAGCAGCUGGACGCGCACCAGCUGAGGGUCCGGCACGCCGCCAGGCACAGGUUCCCAGAAGCAACCAAGAACACUACAGUGACUGGUAGCGCUACUGGUGUCGCUGCCGAGAAUGCUCUACGCAGUGUUCGCGAACUAUUGCUCACUACCAGUGCUAAUCCAUCGGAUCACACUUCGCUGGCCAUCCGAUUGAGUCUUGUUAAGGCCCGUGAAGAAGAGCUAGGGCGGGCUAUCCGCGAGGCGGAGUCUCAGCUGCGUGCUCACGGCGCGCCCGACUCGCAAGAGGCUCGGCGACUGCGCAGCGAACGGGACGAACUGGAGAAGGCACAAGCAAGUUUGUCUGCCCACGGAGAGUACGUCAAGAGCAAGCUGACGGCUCUGGGCAAGUACACGACGCGGUUGGACGCCGCGCUCGCUUGGGCAAUGGAGACACGGGCUCGGCUCGCAUUAGCUGAUAAUGUUCCCACUGCUACACCGUCUGAUUUAGAUACGGUGAUAAAAGAUAAAGAAACCGAAAUUCGUGAAGUUCUCGAAAACUACAACAACAUCGAACGAGAAUGUGUAGCAGCGAAACAGACCGUCUCUCCAGAGGUCCGAGAACGUGUCCUCAAGCUCAAGGAAGACUGGUCGUUCAUACGAGAUUCUUCAAGAAAACCACAAGAUGAGGUCCCAGUUAAGGCAUCAUCCACACCACGCGCUUCGAUAGAAAGACAAAUGGACAGUGAAAAGUCUGAGUCUCAGCUCGGUAAGUUUUUCUGGUUGAGUGUGGCGGUCACCUAAUAACACGUAGUUAGAGUUUGGCAACUAACAUUGGAUGUUGGGGGAUUAUUUGUAAUAUUGGAGCAAAUGUUUGACCAAAUGUUCGUGAACAGUGGUUUCGACCAAUUCUUUAUAUUGAGUGCUUGGCAACUGAUUGCCAAAAGUUGGCUGUUUGAGACUACAAACAUUUGUUCCAUCGUUGGCUAAAGUGAAUUGUCAUUUGUAUAAAAUAUCACUUUUGUGCAUUGGUGUUGGGCAAUAAACGAAUUUUACUAA